CCCGGGCGAAGAUGGCGGCCCCCGAGACAGGCCUGGCUUUAAGUCCAGGCACUGCGGAGGGCGAGGAGGAGACAAUUCUCUAUGACUUGUUGGUCAACAUCGAGUGGCCACCGGAGACAGAAGUACAGCCUAGAGGCAACCGAAAACAUGGUGCAUCCUUUAUCGUCACAAAAGCAAUUAAAGAUCGUUUCUUAUUUUUACGCCAAUACCUUUGGUACAGCUCUGCACCAUUUUUGCUCCCUGAUGGACUUGUCCGCUUGGUUAAUAAACAGAUAAACUGGCACUUGGCACUUGCAAGCAAUGGGAAGCUUUUGGCUGCUGUCCAAGAUCAGUGUGUGGAGAUCAGGUCUGCAAAAGAUGAUUUUACAUCUAUUAUUGGGAAAUGUCAAGUUCCAAAAGAUCCGAAACCUCAGUGGAGACGGGUAGCAUGGAGUUAUGAUUGUACUCUGCUAGCCUAUGCUGAAAGCACAGGAACUGUGAGAGUGUUUGAUCUCAUGGGAAGUGAACUCUUUGUCAUUUCCCCGGCAUCUAGUUUUGCAGGCGAUUUGAGUUAUGCCAUUGCUGGGUUGAUAUUUUUAGAAUAUAAAGCAAGUGCACAGUGGUCUGCAGAACUCCUGGUCAUCAAUUACCGAGGAGAACUUAGGAGUUACCUUGUGAGUGUUGGAACAAAUCAGAGCUACCAAGAAAGUCAUUGUUUCAGCUUCAGUAGUCAUUAUCCUCAUGGAAUCAACACAGCUAUUUACCAUGCUGGUCACAGACUUUUACUGGUUGGUGGAUGUGAAACUAAUGAAGUGGGCAUAUCAAAAGCUUCUAGCUUUGGCCUUUCUGCCUGGAGAGUUCUUUCAGGAUCACCUUAUUAUAAGCAGGUUACUAAUGGUGGAGACAGGGUUACUGCG